AUGAAUAAUUGGCAACCAUCAUUUGUUAAUUCUGUGGAUUUAACAGAACAUUUAAAAAAAUCAUAUUUUAGAUACGAUGAUAAAGAAAAACAAAUUAGUAAAAUUGUCUUUGAUGAUUUUGCAAAUUUGAUUUGGUGUGGUGAUACUUAUGGUAGAGUGUCUUCUUAUGAUAUCAAUUCUCAAUUAUACACUAGAUGUACUUCUCAUAUUGGUGCGAUUCCGGUUAAUGAUAUUUUAAUACGUAAAGAAGGAAUCAUUUCAUUAUGUGACGAUUCUAUUCAUAUUUCAAAUAGAAGAGGUGUAACAAUAUCAAGUAUUACAAGUAUGGAAUUAUCUGUGUUGACAGGUUUGAAAACUAUGUGUUUUAAUUCGAAUGAUUCUCAAAAUUCAAUUUAUUGUGCUGGCAAUAAUACAAACACAGGUAUCAUUUCAAUUGACUUGAAUAAAAAUUGUCUAUCUUCAAUGAUCGACUAUAAUCCAAAAGUUAAACUUUUAUGUACAAGCAAUAAAAUCAUAUCUAUUGGUAAACAAUCAGGUUCAAUUGAUUUAUUAGAUCCAAACUCAAAUCAUAUUAUCAAAUCAUUUGCAGGUCAUUCUGCUACCAUAUCAGCUAUGGAUUCAAGGGAUUAUACUUUAACUACAGUAGGGAAAUCAAAGCGUUUCAAUAACACGUAUGCAGAUCCUUUUGUAAAUGUAUACGAUUUAAGGAUAAUGAGACAACUACCGCCGAUUUCGUUUUCAAAAGGAACUUCAAUGGGUUCAGGAGGUGCUGAUUUCGUUAGGUUACAUCCAGUAUUACCAACAAUAAUGACUGUAGCAUCCGAUCAAGGAUCUUUUGAUUUCGUUGAUUUAUCAAACCCAAUAUUGAGAACCCAAUAUGUACAUCCUUGCAAGUCAAUUAAAGCGAUGGAACUCUCUCCAAAUGGAGAUCAUAUUGCAUUUUUGAAUAGCGACAACACUCUAAACCUUUGGUCACGUUCUGGUGGUAGUACAAAUUGUACUAAUAAACCAGAACCAUUGGAAUAUCCGGAAUAUAUUAAUGAUGGUGUAAACUCAGGUUUAACAUCAAUUGAUAAUUUUGAUUAUCCAUUAAGUUCUGUCGGUAUGCCAUAUUAUAAUGAAAAAUUACUCUCUGCAUGGCCACAAGUAAUCUUCCACAGUAACGGUACAAUUCCCAAAGCUAUAGAUUCGAACUCACUACAAUCCCCUAAAGUCAAAAAUCCGACUUUAAAUUCAAGAACAAGUUCAACCCAAACUGCUAAUUCUCAUUUAGCUUCAAAGCAAUACCCACUAUUAAGGUAUAAUAAAUCAAAAUAUGGACAUGGUAAUGUCGCUGAAACGUAUGUAUCACUAUCUGAGAUAAGAAAGAAGCAAAAUACAAAAUCUACUUUUGCAAAUAAAGCCACUACAUCCGGUAAUGGGAAUGGGAGUCAAUCGGAUGAAUUAAGCGAUAUAUUAAGGGUCAAACCAGAAAGAGAUAAUGAAAUACCUCCUGCAUAUACAAAAUUACAAUUAACACAUGGUAAAUAUGGUUCAGAUAAUUUCGAUUUCAAAGCAUUUAAUCAAACUAAAUACUCAGGUUUAGAUACCGAUUUGGACCAUCCAUAUAUUAAUCCAAUUGUUCAACUGUAUAGAUUUGUUCCGGAAAUAUUUAAUUUCAUUGUUGGAUGUUUAAAAUAUGAAAACUUCAGUCCGAACUCCAUUUUAACAGAGUUAGGUUAUCUUUACGAUAUGAUGCAAAGAUCAGAAGGUAGGGUAUGUUUAACGUCAAACUUACAAGCUACAUUAGAUAUAAUAGAGGAAAAUAAUUCCUUCAAGUCAACUGGUUUUACUUCAUCCAAGCAGUCUAAAAAAUCAAAUAUAGAGAUAAAUUAUCAAACUAUUAAUGACACGCCUAUGAAUAAGAAAACCUCUGUUGGCAGUAACGAGAACUUAAUGACAAGCACAAUACAAAAUUUUAAUGAAUUUCUAUUAGACCACUUAAUGACUGACGAAUUACAAAGAAACAUACAUAGUAUAACGUUAGAAGAAGCAUUUGGAUUUCAUCUAGAGACAAAUAUUUCAUCUAGUUGUCUACAUUACGAAAAGAAUACUAGCAUUGUUCCUACAUUGACAGUUUGUUCACCAAUAAAGAAUAAUUUGAAACAUAAUGUAAGGAAAUUAAACAAUCAAACAAUAUUACCAUAUAUAGAGUCCUCAAUGAAGAGAACCGCUUUGAUGCAAAGCACGUGUGAGGUUUGUAAUAAACAAGAACUUGUAGAGUAUGAAAGUAUUAUCAAGAAUUUGCCUCCUGUUUUAUCAUUGAAUUUAUUAUUAUCUGAUUUUGAAUGGGGUAUCGCCAAAACAGUGAAAGACUGGCUAACGUUAGAAUUCCAUGCAACUAUCUCUAAAGAUAAAGCUGUAUUGAAGAACCAUCCUGGUGAACUGAAGACAUCCAAUCCAAUUUUCAAAUAUGAAUUGAGUGGUUACAUUGCGAGAAUAACCGAUACCAAUGGUGAAUCUAGAUUGGUUACAUAUUCAAGAGCAUUUGAUGCGAACUCGAAGCGUUUCAAAUGGUACAUGUUCAACGACUAUUUAGUGGUAGAAGUAGAAGAAGAAGAGGCUUUGAAUAUUUCGUAUUGGUGGAAAACAAUAGAAACCGUAAUUUAUUGUGAUUCCGAAGAAAUUAGGAAACCAUUUUUAUCGGUUGAUAGUUAUCCAAUAAAUUAUAAUAUACUUUAUCGUGACCAUUUUGCAAACGGAAUCAGAAAAGAUGUUAUCAAACAAUACACGCUAUUGAAUAAAGAUGAUGAUAAAGACGUACCAAAACCAGGAACUCUAGUAGCAAUCGAUGCUGAAUUUGUAGUUCUUAAUGAAGAGAUCAGUGAAAUUGAUUGUAAAGGUAACAAGACUAUUAUCAAACCUAAAAAGACAGCUCUAGCUCGUGUUUCCAUUUUAAGAGGCGAUGAAGGCGAUAAAUUUGGUGAACCAUUUGUUGAUGAUUACAUUGUUAACAAUGAUCGAAUUGAAAAUUAUGUGACGAAAUAUAGUGGUAUAGAACCUGGUGACUUAGACAUCAAAUAUAGUUCCAAACAGUUAGUGAAUAGAAAUGUUACCUAUAGAAAGAUUUGGUUACUAAUGCAAAUGGGAUGUGUGUUUGUAGGACAUGGGUUAAAUAAUGAUUUCAAACAAAUUAAUAUUAACAUUCCAAACAACCAAAUCAGAGAUACAUCUAUUUAUUUCUUACAAGGUAAGAGAUAUUUAUCACUGAGAUACUUAGCGUUUGCAAUCUUGGACAGUAACAUUCAAGAAGGAAAUCAUGAUUCAAUCGAAGAUGCAUUCACAGCAUUAGUCCUUUAUAAGAAAUAUUUAAGCUUAAAGGAAAACAAUACCCUGAAUCAUGUACUAGACGUCAUCUACGAGGAAGGAAGAAUCACCAAUUUCAAAGUUCCAGAACUGACCAGAUAG